GUGAAGUAUUUCCCCGCCUUGUUCCUGGUCGGACCAGUUUGAGAGAAAGAGAGGGUUUGCUUCCCCUUCAGUCAUGGCUGUCGCCGCCGUUAGAGAAGAGCUGAGCUGCUCCAUCUGCCAGGAGACCUACAGGGACCCCGUGACGCUGCUCUGCGCUCACAACUUCUGCCUGCGCUGCAUCAGCCACACGUGGGACCACCAGUGGGAGAGGGAGGGGGAAUGCAGUUGCCCCCAGUGCCGACACACGUUCUACAGGAGGCCGGAGCUGAGGAAGAACUUGACUCUGUGUAAAAUAGUGGAGGCCGUCAUAUCCAACCAACCGGAGCAGAAGGACACGGGCAUGUUCUGCACCUACUGCCUCCAUGCGUCCGUAACUGCCUCCAAAACGUGUCUCCUCUGUGAAGCCUACUUGUGCCCCAACCACCUGAGGGUGCACUGCAAGUCGGCCGAGCAUGUCCUGUCCGAGCUCAGCUCCUCCUCCUGCACCGUCCACAAGAAGCUGCUCAACUACAACUGCUUCGACGACAAGAUGUCCCUCUGCGAGUCCUGCUGCCGCGAGAGGCAACACCAGGGCCACUACCAGAAGCCCGUAAGGGUGGCCUCCAAAAUCCGGAAGCAGCAGCUCCAACAGUUCCAGGAGAAACUGAUCUUGAGGAACAAGGAGAUCGAGAAGAAGGUCCAAAGUCUACAGGAUCAACGCAACGGGGGGGAAGCGGGCGGAGGGGUUUGGAAGAGGAAGGCCCCCUUCCCGGCCUAUGAGCAAAUUCAAUCUCUCAGGACCAAGGGGGAGCAGUUGAGUAGGAAGAUCCACCACGUUGAGUUGCUGUGCAACACGGAGAACCCCUUGACCGUUCUACAGGGCUGGGACCCGGACGAGGUGGAUAAUUGUGAGGCUGAAAGUGACCAGGAGAACGACCCGGCGCUGAGGGACCUGCUCGAAGCCACGGUGUUGGGUUUGCGCAGAAUAAGGAUGUUCCUCCCUGGAGAAGCCAAUGACAAGAUGUUGGAUAUAAACACGGCCGGCAAUCACAUGACUCUGUCCGAUGACCUGAGGGCCGCCGCCUGGUCAAGGACCAACCAAGGUCGCCCAGAAACCCCCGCAAGGUUUUGGUACGAUCAGGUCUUAAGCAGUAGGAGUUUCGCUAUUGGGCGCCAUAACUGGGAGGUGGAGACCAGCGUGCCGGGGAACUGGAUGGUGGGAGUGGCCUACGCCAGUAUCAGGAGGAAAGGGGUGGCAUCCAGAAUGGGGUACAACGACCAGUCGUGGGUGCUGAGGAGAUGGGAGAAGCAAUAUUCCGUAAUACAUGACAGCAAGGAAGCCAUAUUGCCUGGCACGGGCUCCCAGGAGCCAAUAGGGAUUUACCUGGAGUUCGAGGGCGGGCGCCUCUCAUUUUUUGAACUGAGCGACCCAAUCAGGCACUUGCACACCUUCACCGCCACCUUCACCGAGCCGCUCCAUGUUAUACUCUCGGUCCGUAGUGGGUGGGUACGGCUGGGCAGCUGAGCUGGGCGGGGCAUGGACUGGCACAGAGGGGGC